AAAAGUAGAAUUAUAAAUAAACUAACCAAAACUACAAUUAUAGACCCAAUAACAAAACGUAAACAUAAAAGCAGAUAAUCUAAGUUAUUUAAAAACAAGUUAAUUUUGUAGCAUAAAUCACAAUCUAUUUGCUUCUUGUAAAACAAGAUUUCAUUAACAGCAAAAACCUUAUAUGCAGUUUUUUUAAUACUAAAGUAGCAGGUUGUAAUUUAGUAAAUCAAAAAAAUGCAAAGUAUGACUGAUGGAAAAUUCAUUAAAUAUGACAACAUCUAUUGAUGAUUGCACUGCACUACAUUGUGUACUAGUUAAACUGAAAAUAAAGGUCAUUAUUGCUAACAACUAAUAAGUUUUUUAUUAAUUGCGUUAAUCCGUAAAUUUGAAAAAAUGAUAGUGCGUGAUAAACAUAAGUUUCUUUUCUGAAACGUUCAAUUUUUGUCUUACAAAAUAUUUAAUUUGAUUGGCAAAUCAAUAGAACUGACGUUGCUUAGAAACAAACCUAUUAUUGAACAAGUUUUCGUCCAUAAAUGACAUGGCAAAUGCAAAAACGUAAAAAUGAGCGCUAAUAGUUCUCUGAUAUUAGAUCAGAUCUCAGAGAUAAAUUUUGAAAAAAUUGAAAAAGCUUCUGGAGACAACUUAUCGGGCCAAGUGACAGUAAAAUUUUAUACGACUGACGCGAAAGUAUUCACACAAUCGUUUCCAGGCUUCUACAACAUCAGUUUCAUCAAAAGAAAUCUAUCUAAUUUAUUUGGAAUUCCGUCAGAGGUUAUUAAUUUACUUUAUAAAGAUGAAGCAAUUGAUGGUGGCACCCGGUUAGAGCAAUUUAAGCCUGAUCGGUAUGGAAUAUUGGAGUUUAAGAUACUAAGCGGUGAUAAAAAUUACAAAAUUCAUAUAGAAAAUGCUUAUAAGGACCUAACAGUUCCUGAUAUUCUAACCGUAAAAAUUCAAAAAGACGACCGAAUGUUUGAUAUUGUGGUAGAAAUUGAAAAUCAAGCUAUUGAAAAACCAUACUUGGGGGGGUAUAGAAAUAUUCAGACUGGAAUUCAAUAUCACCAUGGAUUCACUCAGACUGGCCCAUUAAAACUUAAACUAUCUGCAGAAAUGAAGAAUCACAGAGACACACAAACAUAUAUAACCCGAAAUCGAACAACUGAAAAGGACUAUUCAAGAGCAAUACAAGUCUCAAAUAAAGAGAUUUAUAUACCAAAUAUUUGUGAUAAAAUACUAACACCCGGCACAUAUGAAACUGCAGAAGAACGAGAGAAAAGAUUAAACAUUGAAGGUAAAAUACGAAUCAUUCAGAGGUACUACUAUUCAUGGAAAAUGAGGAAGUGUUUAAAACAGUUAAGAGAAGAAUACCACAAACGACUAAGCACUGAAUUAGCACGAAUAGAAGCAGAAAGACUUGAAGAUGAAGAAAGAAGGAAAAAAGAUUUGGUAAAGAAAGUGUUUCCUAUGAAACCUGCAGAUUUCGCAAUGCUAUAUAGUAUGGUGGACCGUUGGAAAAAAUCUGAAAUUGAAAGAAUAACAUCUCUUUAUUGUGGAGCUGCUAAGAUUUCAGAAUUUUAUUUGUUGCUUGACCGAGAAAUUGAAAUACUUCAAUCUAUUGAGAAGCUUAGAAUGAAAGUAAAACACGACUUAGAAAUUAAUAAAGUCAUUAAUUUCUUUAAGCAAAUUGGUAAACCUAUUGAAUGGGACAGUGAAUACAAACACAUUCAUAUUCAGAUGGAUACUUUGGAGGCCCAGAAGGGGAGAGAGUACUUUACAUUAUAUAGGCAACUCUGUGAGAAAAACAAUUCACUUGAGGAUAAACUACAAACUUAUUGGAAUUUAAAAGAAUAUUUGAAAAAGCACUACUGCUCAGAAAGUGCUGAAAUUAUUGGUCUUAUAAAUAGAGUCAGCGAGCUGUUAGUUAGAGGUAUAUCGAUUUUUUUUUUAACAGAAUUAGAAAAGAGAAUAAAAGCAUUAGUUUUACACCAUUUUAAAAUAACUGAAUGUAAUGAAGGGGUGACUAAUCAUAUGAACAAAGUUAAGCUGCAAAAUAUGACAAAAGACUUAGUAUAUUGCCAGAAUUGUCACAAAUUAAAACCCAUUGAAGCUUUUACAAUUCAUGCACGUCUAGAGAAACUAAAAACCUGUACUAACUGCAAAUGGCUCAACAAAGCAGAGGAACCCUGGAUAGAUUUAUCGCCACAUAAAUUCAUUUUAAAACAAAUAAGAAAUUAUGAAAGACUUCAUCACGGUACGUCAUCUGUAGUUUUUAUUUUACAAGAUCGUGACAUACAUUUUAUUAUUAACUAUAUAUGGCAUAAUCAUUCAGCUCUCUCGGAAUGCAAUGAUAUUUACGAAUUGAGAUUGGUGCGAUGGAAGAAAGACAUAGAAUGGUCUCCUUGGAAUUGCAUAUUAUUAACUGUAGAAGAAAGCAAAGUUCAUUUACGAAUCUUGAAUUUGGAUGAAGUCUAUGAGCAGGAAUUUAUAAGCCAUAUUUUUAACAAACACGCGUUAGCAAAGCAACACUUUCCACAUUUAUUGACUUAUAAUCAUUACUUGUUGGAUUCUGACAGGAGGAACCUACAAACGACAGAUCAAUCUGAAGAUUGCAACAGUCCACAUUCAUAAAAUUUACCAAAACUAAUAAAAUAUUAAAAUAGUUUCAUGUUUAUAACUUUCGCCAACUUAUUUAA